AUGCCCCCCACAAUCGCGCAGAUCCUCGCACCUUACGAGGACAAACCGGAGCUCGUGGAGCGUAUAGCCUCACGAACGGUACACCCUCCCAUUACCAUAGCUGAGCCCAAUCCAGAAUGGUCGCAACGGUUCGAAGAAGUCAAAGAGCGAAUUCAAAAAGCCCUGGGGGCCUUGAUCUUGGACAUCGCUCAUUCCGGCUCUACCAGUGUUCCUGGCCUACCAGCUAAAGAUAUAAUUGAUGUUGAUCUGACACUGAAAGACGCCAUCGAUGAAGCAUCUUACGUGAAGCCUCUGGAAGAGGCAGGGUUUCGGUUCCUCUUGCGCGAGCCGCACUGGCACCAGCACCGGUUCUUUGUAGCGGAUUGGCCCAAAGCCUACCACGUCAAUCUCCACGUGUGGGGUCCCGACUCGCCCGAGGUUGUCCGGCAUCGUAUCUUUCGUGACUGGUUAAUCAAAACGCCAGCAGAUCUAGAACUGUAUGCCAAAGUGAAGCGCGAAGCGGCUGAGCAGACGGUUAUAGCUGGAGAUUCGAUGAUGGAGUAUACCCAACGGAAAGACAAAACGAUCCAUGAGAUCCUAGGAAGAGCAUUCCGUGAUUUGGGCUAUAUUGAAUGA